AUGGCCAAAAACGCAUCCUUGCCGUCGCAGUCGGUCACAGAGCUCAAUGCCUGCGUUUCCUCGUCUUCCGGCCACCGCGCUGCGAAAGAAACCACCUUCCGCGAAUGGGUGGUUGUCAACCAAAUCGGGAUUUCCUUGACAAUCCUUUCGAUGCUUCUGGCUGUUCACCACCUAUAUCCUUCUUUGUCACCAUACACCACUCCGUUCUUCCAGCUGUCAUAUUAUCAAGCGUCACAAGGGCUAUACGUCCAGGGCGUGAAUGAUGUCUACUUUGUCGCUAGCUCUAUCGUUGCGUUUACUGCGAUCCGGGCCAUUGCUAUCGAAUGGGGCCUGCAGCCGAUGGCGCAGCGCUGGGGCUUGAAGCGGAAAGCUUCCAUUCGCUUUUCUGAGCAGGGCUGGCAAUUCUUGUACUAUUCUUUCUCGUGGGCUUUCGGCAUGUAUAUUUGGUCCCAGUCGUACUACUGGGCGGAUUUCAAAAAUAUUUGGGCCCAAUGGCCGUCGCGUGGUCUUUCCGGCUCUCUGAAGUGGUACCUGCUCGUACAGCUGGCAUUCUGGGUCCAGCAAAUCUUCGUAAUCCACAUUGAAGAGCGCAGGAAGGACCACUAUCAGAUGUUGACCCACCAUGUUAUUACUAUUACCCUUCUCGGCUCCGCAUAUAUCUACGGGUUCUACAAUGUUUCCAAUGUGGUCUUGAGCCUGAUGGAUGUGGUGGACUUUCUGCUUCCGCUCGCCAAGGUUCUCAAGUACCUGGGCUUCGAGCUGAGCUGCAACAUUGCCUUUGGUGUGAUGAUGGUGGUUUGGCUGGUCUCCCGUCAUAUUUAUUACCCCAUGCUCUGCUGGUCCAUCUUCAAAGACAUCCCCGAUGCGAUGCCAUACGGCUGCUACUCGCGAACCCCGGCAGAAAUGAUCACCACGAACGGCUACCUCGAUAAAUUCACCUAUCUCUUCUCCCCGUUCUUCAAUGUCGACGGCCCGAUCUGCAUGAACCCCACCGUCAAAUGGAUAUUCCUCUGCUCGCUCUUGUCGUUACAGGCGCUGUCUCUGGUCUGGUUCAGUAUGGUCGUCCGCGUCGCAGUGGGAGUCCUUCGUACCGGUAACGCAGAAGACACCCGCAGCGAUGAUGAAGAGGAAGAGGAGGAGGUCUCCGGACCAGGAAAAGAGGUUCCCAACGGCACGACUGUCUCCACGGACGUCUCCAACGCCGAAUGGCGUAGAUCCAACGGCUCCGCCUCUGUUCGUCCCCGCGGCCGCGGCCGCGUGCGAUUGGGCGACCAAAGCGACCGCAAGGCCCUCCUCGGCCGUAUCGGUUGCGACAAGCCUACUUGA